CGGAAAUGCUGUGAUAAAAAGAGGGGCGCGGGGGAAAAGUAGGGAGAAGCUCUGGACUCAUUCCUUCUCCCCCACUCCGCACCCGCAACUUCCCCGGCAACCCUCGGGCACACGGGCGCCGGCCGGAGCCCGUGGGAGAGGAGAGGAGCCGCAGCAGCCGCCACCUGCCGCAGCCACCUGCCCCGGCCCGGCCCGGCUCAGCACAGCGCCUGCCGCCGAGCGAGGCUGCCUUCCAAGGAUUCCUGGUCUCUGUGCAUGUGAGGUGUGAAGGUGGGCGGGACCCCAAGCAACAAAUCAUGGAUUUUGUUAUGAAACAAGCUCUAGGAGGGGCUACCAAAGACAUGGGAAAGAUGCUGGGUGGGGAUGAGGAGAAAGACCCAGAUGCUGCUAAGAAAGAAGAGGAACGACAGGAAGCCCUUCGGCAACAAGAGGAAGAGAGGAAAGCCAAAUAUGCCAAGAUGGAGGCUGAAAGAGAAGUUAUGAGACAAGGGAUUCGAGACAAGUAUGGGAUAAAGAAGAAGGAAGAAAAGGAAGCAGAGGCGCAGGCUGCACUGGAAGCUAAUGCUGAAGGGAGUCUGACACGCCCAAAGAAGGCGAUCCCUCCUGGCUGUGGGGAUGAGGAGGAGGAAGAAGAAGAGAGCAUCCUAGACACAGUCAUCAAAUACUUACCAGGCCCCCUGCAGGACAUGUUCAAGAAGUAAUAGCUGCAGACUGUUAGAUGGGCAUAAACAGUACUGCAAAGGAUUUCUCUUUUGCCCAAUGGGGAUUUACAAUCUUGCCAUUCAUCCCGCAGUCCUCCCCACCUCUGCCCUCUACUGCUCACUAGGAGUCCCUUCGCUUCCCAUUCCCUUCUGACUGCCUCUUUCCCUUUCCUCCACCCCCAGACUCAUCCAUUCCUUUAUUUUGUAUAUAGUCCAGUAGAUGCCUCUGAAUGGAUGUAAAGAUUAAAAAGCUGCAGACUACACAACUUUUAUUAUAAGCCAUAGUACUAUGUAUGUUAAAUAAGGCAACUGCACAUCAGGCAUAGAAAAGGAACAAUCUCAUUUCCAUCCAAUGCAAGAAGGAGUGUUCACUAAGUAUGAACAGUGGCCUCUUUAAUUUUUAAAAAUUAUAUUAUUUUUAUUAUUGAUAAUAAUUAGUCAUUAUUGUAAUAUUCCUAUUGAUUGGAUCACAUUAGCCAUUUUUUGUUGAGCACAUCUGCUCUUGGAAGGGAUAUCUCAGUUCUCCCAUGGAAGCAGAGCUUUUCUGUUUUAAUUCCAUCCAUGACAUAAAUAAAAGAUCGUUUGGAAAGUAAAUCAUGCAUGACUUACACAGCUGACAUCACUCAGAACUGUGGAAGAAGUGAGUCAUCUGCCCUCAGAUACUGUAGAAGUUAAAUGCCUCAGAAUCUAAGCAAGAGUCAUGUUACUUUGGGAAUUAGCCAUAUAUUUACCUUGAAUGAGCAAAUUGGUCAGGCACUUGCCAUACAGAGAGCUGAAACCAUAGGAGAGUGCAUAGUGCUCUGGUAGAGGACCUCCCCAACCCCUCUGAAGCCAAUGACAAGUGUAUUUGCUGCUCUUUUUAACCAAUCUUUCUGCCGUAUUCAACCAUCCCAUUCCCAGCAGUGCUUGUGGGUUGGACGUUUGGGUUCCAGCAUAUUGUAGUAGCUGUGUCCUGCCCACCCUUUCCUGCAGUGUGUGGGAGUGUGUGGUGGCCUGAAUGUGAGUCAUGGCAGAUCCAUAAAUAUCUAUGAUGUUUAUUGUGCUAAAUUACUGCAUUGCCUUGGGGAGGUCACUUGUUUUCUGCCCCACUGAGCUUCUACACCUGUAAAAUGAAGGUUUCAGUCUCUACCUACAACAAAGGCAUGAAGUGAGGAUGCUUCUCCAGUGCUGUGCAGGAGCUAAUUAAUAUUACAGCAGUGUGUGGUAUCCCUUGAUGCUAGCAGGGUGGGAGAAAAUGUUUUUCUCACCAUUAUCUUUGUGGCCUUUUGCAGACACAGGUACAGAGGUCUCCUCAAUGAAACAUUGGAGAUAUCACAAAACUGCGUAAGAAAAUCCAAAUUCUAUGGGAGAUGUUGACUUGCUAAUACAUACAUAGAUUCAAUAUAUAUAUAUACCUAUUUUGAACACAAGUCCUCAUGAUCAGUUAUCUGGCUUGUCAUCUGAAGAACUAAUCCUGAUAUUUUGCAUCUGGCUAGGUCUCUGUAGUUGAUGCUGUGAGACCAUCAUGCCAUCUCAGUCUCACCGUAUUGUCAGGAAAAUUAGGAUUUGUCUGGCAGAACUAGCAUUGCUUGUCCCUGUCCUGAGAGAAACAAAAAUAUCCUAAGUACAUGGAUGAGAUUUGAAAGCAAAUACACUCUUUCUGCUGGCAAAGAAAAGGAGGAUAAUCUCAGAUAUUUCACUAGGUACCUAAAUUAAGCAUUUUAUUUCAAUGGACCUUCUUUGCACUGGUUCAGUGUAAGUGAGUUUAGGCAAACAUUUCAGUAUUUUCCUAAAUAAGAUACUUUAGAAGACAUUUACACCUUUUCAGGUAAACAGAAAUCUGUACCAUGGUUAAGGAAUUGAGCAUGAGAGCUCUGUACCUUCCAGUAGCAUCUGUUUUAAUAGGGAAAAAGUAUUUUGAAAGAGAAUAAAUAUAGCAUGCUCUCCUUGCACAAUUUUUAUUCAGGCUCAAGUAAUUUCAAACACACCUUUCUAUUGAAUCCAACGUGGAGGCUGAAGAGGUUUGACUGAUAUACAAGUCAGAAAAAGUUGAUAAGGAUACAACUUGUUUCAGGCUGGAUCUAUGAACAAGACUUGUUGGUUCUAGUACAAGCUGCCAAGGGCUACCCAGAGGAAAGAGAAGGCAGGUUUUACUCAUUUGGAUAAUGUCAGGGGAACUUUUUUCCCCCAUAACUUUCAUUUAAAGCAAGAUGAAUGUCUCCCUCCUAAGACUUUUAAUGAUCCAGAACACUCUAUGAAUCUGUGCUUGGGUAUAGCAUGGUAGUGUUGAACAAUUUACCAUUUCUAGGCAGAAUGUCCUACUCAGCUCAUGCAAAUUCAGCAACUAGUAAUUUGAGCCUAUUUAAGUAAAUCUCACAGAAUUGAAAACUCUGAGACAAAAGGAGCGCUCGUUUUGAUGCUCUGCCACAGAGUAUCCAACAUCCCCAAAAGCUAAAAGGCAGAGCCUGGCUCUUCAGCCACUUACUGGUAGCUGGAUCUCCUAACCUAGAUCACUGACAUAAAGAUGUCAAUACCUUUGAAAUGCCCUGAUUAAUCUCUGCGCCAUGCAUCCUCUAGUACAUAAGCAGGACCAGCAGAAGUGUGCCUGUGCUAAAAGGAAUGUGUCCAUUCGUAUAUUCUCCUGGACUUGUGCUGCAGAGCUCUGCAAACAAACAAAUAAACAAACGAGAAGAUAAUCUUAUUCCACUUUACUUUGGUUUUUCUCUACUACUUGUUUGCUGACCUUUCCCUAACUCCCAUCACUGACUCCCUUCCUCAUCCAACCAAAUACUGUUCCUGAUAUAAGAUCAGAAUUUUCUGCCUAGCAUCCUCCUUGCAGAAUGUUAAUACUGAUUGUUUUCACAGUCUCUCUGGUAGCUUGAUGUGCAGGUCUGUGCACUCCUCUGUGGAAGGUGAGGAAAUUGGAGAAGAAAGGAAGAAGAGAGAGAGAGAGAAAGGAAGACUGGUACUGUUCUUGAUAACUGUGCCUCAGCAGCUGUGACACUGAAUGAGUGGUCUAAGUCAGGAUCCUGUGUAGCCUGUACUGAAAUUUCUUAAGGAGGUACUGCUAUCCCUGGGCUCAGAGCACUAAAAAUACUGCCCUUGUGAGCUGAGCUCCUGAUCUGUGUGAACAUCUGGACUGAACCCCUGAAGAAGGCUAUAGGAUCUCCAUGCUGAGUCUGGUAGGCCUCAUUCCAGGGUCACAAAGCAGGAGGUAAGGGAGGGUGUUUUAUUAAAUAAUGUUUACUUAAGUCUUUUUUGUUGUGGGAGCUUCCCAGCUCAACCAUCUCAUCACUUCUGUGUCUCAACUCGCCACACCUGCAGCAGCCCUUCCUCCACUGACAACAGAGAGUUAAUCCCAUUUUCCUUUUCUUGCCAUAAGAAACAUGUGAGAAAAUCUACCACAGGUACUGGAUAGGUUUUGCCUGGUUUUGCCUCACAUAACUUUUGGCACUCCUCAAGUCAUUACAUGGUCCCAAAGUGCCUAAGCCAUGCUGAACAGACUCAAGAGCAAGGCACUCUCCCAUCUCUUCUGCCUGUCUAUUUCCCUUCCGACUCAGAACUGGUAACAAGGGACACAGACACCUUUGACUCACGUAUGGAAGUUAAAAGCAUUGUCUCACACACUCCCCCUUGGCACUCAAGCAGGUGAUGAAGCACUUAAGAGACCAAAGAGAAGCAUGGUUCAUUGUUUGGAUUCUGAAUAUCUUUUUGUCUUUCAUGACAUUGUUUUAUUUGCAUCACUGGUCUGUUCAAUCUCAGGUAAAUGAGGUAUUUUAGUUUUAUAACUGGUUUUUAUUUACACAGAAAGGUUGUUGGCUAGACACUGCAGUCAUUUUCCCUCACAGCUCCAAGACCUUACUGGGUUAGUAAAAAAAUAGUCAAAGGGCCUUCACAUUUGGAGGGUAAAUGAUUAAGUUUGCCAUUGACCUUGUGAACUCACAUUUAUAUGUAGAGAAAGCCAUAUGAAAUCAGACUGCAAUAUCAAUGCUACUCUUGUGUUUAAAAUUAAUAAAACAAAAUAUAAGAUCAUGUGCUUAAUCACUUUGGAGUUCCUCUAUGUUUCUAGUAUCAUACGUUGGCUAGAUCCCUCCCAACCUCUCUCCUUCAUCAAGAAACACCAUACCAGUGCUGCUGAAUACAUCUUUUUGCCAAGCUUUUUGUGCUAGAACAAGCAUUGUUAGAAAUUAACUGUUGUGAUCUAAAUGUAAUGUCUUAUGUAUCUGAAAGUUGUCUGUAUUUGUUCUGAAUAUAUGUUAUCAAGAUAACUGUUUCCUCAUGCACUGAGUUAGUAAAAUGUUUCAGUACUGUCAUUAAAAAAAUUGCCUGUUUUCUCUCUUUCACACACACAGAGCAAAAUUUAACUUAGCCAUGCAUUUUCUAGUAGAAAUGCUCCCCAGCUUUCUUUCAGAUGCAUGCAGUACUUGAGGAUGAUUAAAAGUAGAGACAUUGUGAAUGUGAUCUUAAUUUGUUGUUUUCCUGGUAUUUUUUCCUGCAUGAUGUGGGUAAAUGGUAUGAUGUUCUUUUAAAAUGGAAUCACAGCCAAUAAAAAACCCCAGUGAUUUCAUAAA